UACGCGAGUAAACACGGAAUAGAGCAGAGGAGCGUCUCGUUUCGAGGUAUCGGCACGAAAAACCGUCCUGAAAAUGAGUUUUUGUUACUGUUUUUCUUGUUAGUUAUGUGUGUGCGCCUCGCAGCGGCGUGAGUCACAGAGCUGUGCGCGUUUUAUCAGCAACAGAGCGAUAAAUAGUGCUAGCCUGGACCCUUGUAGUCGGGGAGCUAGUUUUUUUUUAACUAGUUAGCAUCGAUGAGGGCGCCCAGCCUCGCCCUUAGUGCUGCAAACAAGACUGACCAGCUGGUACUGAGUUAGUUAGCGGGCGGUCUGUGAGAGAAAGAAACCAGCAGAAUGACAGAUGAUGUCCUGCUGGAUGUUCCUGUUAUCCGGCAGCUGUACCACUGGGACUGUGGCUUAGCCUGCUCCAGGAUGGUCCUCAAGUACCUCCACCCUGUCAGCGAUGAUGAGUUUCAGAGGGCGUGCUGGGAUCUGAAGCUGACAGAAAGUGUGUGGACUAUCGACCUGGCCUACCUCAUGUGCCAUCUAGGAAUCAAACACUGCUUUUGUACACAGACUCUGGGUGUAGAUAAGGGCUUUAAAAACCAGUCCUUUUACAAGAAGCAUUUUGAUACUGAAGAAAACAGAGUGAAUGAGCUCUUCCUUAAAGCGGAGAGCAAAGGUGUGGUGGUGAAGAAAUGUUCUGUGUCAGUUCAGGAAAUCCAGUCUCAUCUGGAGCAGGGCCACGUUGCCAUAGUGCUGGUCAAUGCUGUGGUGUUGACAUGUGAACUGUGCUCCCAGCCUGUCAAAUACUGCUGCUUCAUGCCCGUGGGUCAGAAGUGUUUCUGCAGGAAGCCGGACUAUCAGGGUCACUUUGUGGUUGUGUGUGGCUUCAACAGAACCACUGGCUCCAUCUUCUACAAUAACCCAGCAUAUUCUGACCGGGUGUGCUGCACCAGCAUCAAUAACUUUGAGGAAGCUCGACGCAGCUAUGGGACGGACGAGGAUAUCCUGUUCGUGUUUAAAGAGAGUUGAUGGAUUUGGAUUUUUGUCAUUCUAGGAAUAUCAAAAUGCUGCAGAUCCCCAGUCUAGUGACACCUCCUCCUGUCUGCUGUCACAGAUCCCCCUUUUGCAGGCUUUUUUCCUCCAGUGCCAAAAAGCCUGCUCACAUAUAUACAUGUACUGUAUAUGCCAACACUACUUAACCUUUGAAUGAUUCACCCUGGGAAGAAUUAGGAAUCCAGGAUGGAUCUUUUUAUUUCUGUUUUUGUGGCGAGCAGAUAUUUCAGAUUCAUUUUAUUGUCAAUGUGGAAAUUUUUAAUGACUGCAGUUGUACUGGAAUCUCACACUGAGUGUACAGACUUGCACAACUGUGGCAGAACUGCGGGAAACAUGAGCAAGAGUAGAAUUUACCAGGAAAUUGUGUGCACAUAAUUCAGGGCAAAUGUUGAUAAUACUUGGAGUGUUCAUUUCUUUGUUCUGCUCAGUGUUAAUGUGAAGCUGCUCAUCCCCCCCAGCCUCGCCUCUACCUGCCUUUUAAAAAUCCUCCCGACUCACCGCAUUUUAAUCAGACGAUUCUGUAAACAGGGAAAUACAGGAAGCAAGUCACGAGAGUAUCAGGUAAUUAAUGCUCUAAAUUGUGACUCAAAUGAUGAAGCAAGUUCAAUGCAAUACUCCAUAGAUGUAUGGAACUCAUGGACACUCAGCUCGGACGUGAUGAAACGUGACUUCACCGGAUUCAAUUGCUUCACUGGAAAAGCAGCUCCGCAUGUGUCCUGUGCCUUUGGGGAAUGUGCUGGAUACAUGGAUGCGUUAGGACUAGGAUAAGUCAUUUUGGUUUGUAAAUGAAGACGAGGUCAUUUCCUCAUUGUCACGGAGUUUUAUUUUUAACUUACAUGUUUUUGCACUACACUUUCACACCAGACAUGAUUAUGUUAUUUAAAUUAUAUUGCUUUUCUGAAUCAAGGAAAAGUGGGUCCUGUCUGGUUGUGCUUUUGGGUGAAAACCACAAGCUUUAUUUUUUUAUUCAGUAUAGAUAGAGCUUUUAUUAUAUGUUGUGAUUAAAACAUUUGAACAGCCUUGUUAUUUUCGUCUGCUUUAUAUAGGUUUAAUGAUGAACUCAUACCUUAAACCUCAUGUUAUAGGUCAAAUCUUAUAUAAACAACAUCAAGUGCUGUGUAGUUGGGACACUGUUUAAAAGGGAAUUAAAAAGAUUUGCUGUUGCCUACAUUCCAGCGUCGUCUCCACACCUAAACAGAAAAAUGAGUACGGUCAGGCAUCUGAGACCACAGUGUACCCAUCUUCAGGUAGCUGCUUCCAACAAGAUAACACACCAGCUCACAAAGCUCAGAUCAUCUCAAGCAGGUUUCUUGAGCAUCAGUUUGCUUUAUUACGAUUACUUCCACAAUCACCAAACCUAUAUCUAGUACAGCACCUGUUUGAUGUGGUGGAACUGGAGAUUCACAUCAAGUGACGCUACUGCAUCAAUGUGAACCAAAAUCUCAAAGGAAUGUUUAUUGUAUUCAAAUAAGGAUGUUAGCAUAUGUACAAGUUGAACUAGACUGGGCUAAACACUCCAUUUCCACUCACUUCCACACUUUUUGCUUUGUAUGACGUCAGUAGGAGGGUAUAUUCCCAAUAUGGUAAUUGAAACAACAGAAGCCCCACCCACCUGGAAACUUAUGUUUGCAACAAGUCAUAAAAUAGCUGCUUUAAAUGUAGCGGCCUUGAAAGGGCAGAGGCCAAAUCAAUUUCUUUGAGAGGACAAACUGAAUUGAGACCCAGUAUUAGAUAAAAAGUAUUAUUUUAAGCCAUUAAAUACUUAAAGUGGCUCCAGCAGAGUACAAUGGCAAAAAUAUGGAGGUGAAAAUGUGCACAACAGGUCCCCAUAAAGUAUGUCUACCCUGAUUUUCCAUCUCAGGCCUACUUCUCACCCAGAUAACUUCCUUAAAAGGACUUAUGUGUUCAUUCUGAAUGAAAUGAUAAGAAUCAGUUGUUUGAAACAGGGAACCACUUUUUCUAAACCAUUAAAAAGUACUUCUAAUACUUCUAGUACUGCUGCAUUUCAACCCUGGUGGUACCAUUCCCUUUGUUAGCUGUCUGCCACAGGAGAGCUGCGGGCUACAACGCCAAUUCAAAAGCCAGUGUGGCCUGUAGGAAAAUGUCUGUUAUAGCCAAUGAUUUGAAAGGUGAUUUGAAACACCAGGUUCAUAGGCGAUCUUUAAUUCAGCAAUGGUUCAGUUUAACAGUUCAAA